CUUGGAUAAAAAAUUAUAAUUGUAUAUUUGUAUUUUUAAAUCGACGUAGAAGUUUCAAGAAACUACGAGCAAACAGAGGAUGAAGGAAGAAGAUUUAAUCUUGCAACAAGAGUAAUGUCAAAUGGAGUCGAGGUUAUUGUUGCUGGCACAACACCUGCAUAUAGGUGGGAAAAUUCAAAUCCACAACCUACUUUAACACUCUCUGAAGCAGUUGUUAUGCUUUUACCGCAAGAUAAAUUAAACGAAUUCGUCACAAAGAUUUGCAUGACAACCUUCACCUACCUCAAUACUAUCACUCGUGAUGGAACUAUGAUUGUAUCAACUGAUCAGCAGGUAAUUGCUAAUACUGCAACAGAAGAAAGACAUAGAAAACCAGCUUCCGAAGCCGCGUCUGUCACACUAGAAGCAUCACCAACAUUGCAAACUGAAGUUUUUAAAACCACCUAUACUUAUUUGACUUUAAAUACUGAUCAUCCAAAUGAAAGAAAUGCUUUAGGAAGUAGUGUGAAAGUAAUUGCUAAUACAGUUACUGCGCCACAAUAUUAUCUUGAUAUGAUUCUUGAACCAUCCGAAGUUCAAAGUCCGGAAACAAAUACUUAUUUCAGUACACGAGUCCUCGAAAAAACAUACGUUGAAGAUGGUAAAACUAAAGUUGGAAUGUCGAAUGAUGUAUUUACUCAGUUAAUAAUAACAGAAACUGCACAACCUCUGCGCUCUAUAAAUACUACACCGGCACCAGCAACAUUAGAAGAAGAUACUAAUCUGACUACAGAUAUUGCUAAAACGUACUACAUUACUUAUACGUACUACAAUACUUAUUUAGAAAAUGAUAACACUGUAGUGAAAACAAACAUUGCAACUUCAUCGGAUAUUGUAUAUGAAAAAGCUCCUUUAAUAAAAACAGUCACUAAAUCGAUACCAAGCAGUUCAACCCCAGAGCCCAUUCAGAUUUUUGCGACAAAAACAUAUUUAACUACAUAUACUUAUUUUACAACGCUUUUGCAGGCAGGAGCAGAUGGUGAAACUUCAACCGCAAUUUCAUCGCGAUCGCGAAUUGUUGAAAACGUGGUUACAGAAUCUAUUGCACCUAGUUUAUUAGAUGCGGGAUACAUGAAUGCAUUACUCACAUCUUCCCAUCAUUCUGAUUCAUUGAAAAACGUAGUUACUGGGUCCACGAUUAUCUUUUUUGAUGACGAUGAACAAGUAACUCCGACCGCAACAAAUGCAUUCGAUACAACUACAGCUACACCUAUGGAUAAAGUAGAAAAAUAUGAAAAUUCAUCAAUACCUUCAAUUAUAGACUCCGUGGUAUCUGAAACAAAUGAUGUUACUACACGGCCAAUUGAAUCAGAUAAUUCUUAUAAUGAGGAUGAAGCAGCGGAAGAAUAUACAGAGCCUCCUUUAAAUAAAAAGCCCUCACAAGUAAGUAAUUUGUUGAGUUUAGGCUCCUUGGGAAUAAAUAGUUUAUCAGCUCUGGGUCCAGUCAUCACAGCCAUGGCUGGUUUACUGCAAGGAAAAUCCUCUGCAACGCGCAGAAAUGAUACAGAGCUAGUAACAGAAUCUCCAGUAACAACAACGCAAAGAUCACCAAUUUAUAUUCCUGUUGCUGAAUUUGUUGAUGGAGACAUUGAAGCCGCUGAAAGUCAAAAUAUUGCACUUCAGUUAACAAAUGGUAAUCAUGUUCCUGAACAAAGGCACAAAGUAACUUCCAAUUUAGCAGAUGGAAUACCAAUAUCUCCUGGGGAAGUAAUUACAGCAAAUAGCGACGUUAUUAUUGGUAAACCAGGAAAAAUGGGCCCUAGGCCACCUCAGACAUUUUUAAAUGAUGAAAGUAUAGGCAUGAAACCUCCUCCAGUACCAGUGCCUAAUAUACCUGUGCAUCCAGUUUUAGAAGUUAUUGAAAAGGAACCGUCGAAAAAUUCGAUCAAUAUUCAAAAUGGUCCGCAGCAAUUAGAAAUUCUACCUGCUCAACAAAUUUACGAAGAGCAUAUUAAACUACCUGUUAUUCUAAAUCAAUUUGCAGUAUCAAAGAGACCACAAAAUUUGCAUAAAGUUUUCUUAAAUCCACCUCCUAAAACAAUUAGUUCCAAAAAAGAUAUUUUAGAAAACGAUCCCUUAUUAUUGCCACCUGUUAUAUCUACAAAUAUAAAUACUGAUUUAAAAGUUGAUAAUCAAGAGAAGGGUAAACAUCCAUGGAAUCCGAAGGAUCACCUUCCUACUUCGAAUAUCCUAAUUGAUGAAAAGUAUCGACCAAAAUAUCCCCUGCAAGAACAUAUAGAUAGCGUUGAUGAUACAAGUAAAAAACAACACAUCUCUGAACCUAUUGUUCAUCAAGUACCUCAUGUAAUUGAUAGAUCAACGGGGCAACCACUUUUAGUUAAUAUUCAACCUAGUCAAGUUGCAAAUGUUGUUAUUCCUCAGGGAGGAACACAAGCACUAAUUUUUGGGGAUACUAGUGAGCCACAUAUUACAGGACAAUAUUUCGAUGAUCCUUCGCCUUAUCCCGAACCUGAAAUUGGCCCUGGAUUCGUUGGAAUUAACAAGAUUGAAAAUUUUUCACAAUACUCUAAAAAUGCGAAUCCUUUAGAUUAUAUGACGCCACCAUCACCGCCAGUUAAUCUUAAACCAUAUCAAAAUUCCGAUACAAAUACUCGGCUUCAUGCCAUUGCAUUUGCACAAGCUUCUGAUUUUAAAGAAGCUGGUAUAAAAUUAAGACCAGAUAAAAUACCAUUCCGGCAAUAUGCAAAUUUGAAUUUAUCCACUGGACAAAGUCCUGUUCAUAGUGAAAUACUUGUUCAACAUGGUGUAGACAGUGGAUAUUUAAGGCCUCAAACUCGUCCCACAAUUCCUACCCGAAUUCAUCAAAACAUGCAAACUCCGCCAAAAAGGGAAUUUACAAAACUUCAUAUUCCAGCGGAACAAAUUCCACCCAGAAGAACUGAAAUGCCACUAUCAGUGGAAAAUUCGUAUUACGAUUCAACACAUAUUUCCGGUUUAAAAACAAAUUGGAAGAACGAAAAGAAACCAUUACGAAAUUCCCAAACAAGAUGGCCAAGACCGACAAAUAGACCCCGAAUUCCAAUUAGAAUAACGGAUCAUUCUUAUGGUAGACCGAUGAGACCGUUAAGUCCGAUUAGACAACCACAAUUUGUUCAUUCACAUAAAUCACCAUCGAAUACUUAUUACCAAAAUGAAUUUAAUAAUAAUAAUCAACAAUUAUCAAUGCCAACUUCUCUAUCGAUCGAUUCAAUUCAACAAAUGCACGCAUCUGAAGUUCAAGAACAGGCUAACUUUAAAAAUAAAGCACCUCAUUAUUAUUAUAACAAUUAUGACAACAUUAGUAUGCAAGAGAAACAAAAUUACUCUACACAAAAUAAUAAUGAUUACGUAAUGGAAGAUCAUUUUUCGACUACAGAACUUAAUGAAAAUAAUCCAUUGUUGGAUAAUGAAAAUGUUGAUAUUUCAUUAGAUAUCGAUAAGACAAUUGAUUCAGAAGUUGAUGCAUCGGAAAAUGUAAAAGUAACCUCAAAACCUCAAAAAAAUAAAAAUGAAAAUCUGUUUAAUAGUUCACAAUUUAAUAAUUAUGAAUCAACUACAAAGUUUGAUGCUAAUAAAUAUUUUAUUAAUAAUAUGAGCAUUAACGAUGAUCAGAUUGCAGUAACGACAAAUCCAUUACAAAAUAGUAGCUAUAACGUUAAAAUAGGUGAAAGUGGAGAUGGAGAUAUAAUUAUCGGGAGCGAAAAGAAACAAGAUCAGUAUUUAUCUUAUUCUGCUUUAAAUAAAAUUCAAAAUACAAAUGAUCAACAACAUGUAUAUAUUAGUGAUACGAGUGACGCGAAGCAUAAUCUUCCUCAUUUGCACGAUAUAAUAGACCUUAAACCUCCAGAAAUAAUUCCAGUAUUUGAGCCAAACGGUCAUAGUCGUCCAUAUACUAAGCUUCAUAUGUUUGCAUCGGAUUCUAAAAAUAAACCGGAAAUUAUUACGGAAAAUUCAGAUUCAAAUCAUAAUGUUUUUACAGGACAUAUGCGACCAGGUUUAGGGCAGGUACUUCACGUUCAAACGGAAAAAAAUGAAAUUGAAAAUAAUUUCGAAAAUCAUAGAAACGAAUCACUUUUAUAUCCUUAUCGUGGACGACCACGACCUGAUUAUGCAACACGUAUACAUCCGGAUCAUCCACAAAUCAUUACAAAAUCCAAGCCAAAACUACCGGGACCGAUAGUUAUUUCUAGUGGCAAUAUUAAAAAACAAAGUAUUAACUAUAGAAGACCCGUACAAUUUUCAUUGCCAAUUGACUCAACUGGCGAAGAAAAUGAGAGCAAGACACAAACAGAACGGCCACCUAGUAUAGAUGCCGAUACGAAUAAUCAAAAAUCUAAGCAAGAAUCACUUUCUUCCGCUUUUCAAACUACUUUUGCAAAUGAAAAUUUUAAAAAUGACCAAAAUAACGAUAAAGAUAUCAAAGUAGACGCGUCGCGCGUAGAAUUUCAACAAACAACUCCAAAGACAAAAGUAUUCGAGGAUAUGAUUCCGCCACCCAUUUCUUCAAUUGACAAUAACAUGGAAAUUAUAAAAAAUCAAGUAAUGGAUGAAAUAUUAAAACCACCACCAUCGCCUAAUGUUGUUCUUGGACUUUCACCACCACCAGUUGAUAUAACAACAACAAACAGGCCCCUUGAGAACCCUAAGAAAACAACACCAGAUGUAUCGGGUUUGAAACCUCCCCCAUUAUACAUUCCUUUAAAAGAAUCUAGCGUAACGCCUCCUUUGCCAAGUGUGAGUAUGGUUCCUCCUAAUCCAAGGCCAUCGGUAGUUCGACCAUAUUUAGCCGACAUUCUUUCAGAAGAUAUGGUUUCAUCUUCUCCGGAUAUCAAAACGACCAGAGCUCAUGAAAUAGCUACUGUUCUACCAGGAGUGGCAGUAUCAGGCUCGAUUCAAAUUGCUACUGCUGUCGCAACGUCUCAUAUUCCGAUGAUACAAGAUAUUGAAGCGAAAAUUCCAAUCGUUCAUGGUACUGUGGAUUUACCAGUGGUCGUGGAUGUUCCAGAAUUUCUUAAGCCUAUCGAUAUAAAGAAAUCGGAUCACGUUAGCGUUUAUACAGUACGACCAUUUGAAACUAGACAAAGAGCUACUAUUAAACCAUCUGUUUCAUUUGCAAGUCCAACAUCAGUCAAACUAUCUCAAAUUAUCAAUGAGCAACAAAAUUCUCCUAAUCAUAAGAAAUUUGCCCCGACUAGACUGCUACCAUCUCACACUUCGAACAAACAAAAUAAACAGUCUGAAUUUUCGAUUACGUUAGAACCCAGUACUGAUAUUCAUUUGCCAUCGAUUAGGGUAGAGCCUACCGUUUCAUUAUCUACCGAUAAGAUUAAUAAUAAGAAAACACACCAAAGAGCUACUGAAAUAGAAAUCACAACAAAGUCUUUUAAUCGUAAAGCUUCAACGCAAGACAUAAUUAAAAGCAACAUUCAAAGUACGCAAAAUAUAAAAUCGGAUUUAAAAAUAAAAGAAUCAGCAUCCAAAAUUAUGGAAAUCAUUGGAACAGUAGUUCACGAAUUUAUUCAAAAUUCUACGAAUGAAAGAGUGGAGGAAAUACCAGACGAGGUGACGCGGUUCGAGACGUUAACUGUUACAAGAACAGAGACCUCGGUUCUAGGUUCACCUCCUACAAUACGCACUUUAUUAGUUACGCACACUUUAGCCUCGACAAGAAUUGAAACUAUAACCGAAACUCUAUUACGGCCAACAAGUGUAUUUUCAACAAUUACUUCGACGAUACUUCAAUCUGUUGCACAUGUAUCACCAGCUUAUAAAAAUGAAAACGAUAACGAAUCAAUAUUUGUCGUAAUGAGUGAUCAAAAACCUCCUGCCCCAGGAGCCGAGGAGGUUGAAGCGGAAUAUGGCGAAGAAGACAUUUCACGAGACGAGCAGGACAUAAGUACCAAUGAAAUUCAUCGUGUACUAUCGGGUGGUAUAUUAGGGGCGCCUUCGAUUCCAAUUAGACCUCCAAAGAUACAUUGCGUACCAGAAUGCAAAGCUUCGAAAUCCGAAAUGUGUGCUGAAUCGACCGGUGAAAUGCGAUGUGUUUGUAGACGUGGCUUUGCACGAAUGUUCCCCGAUCGUCCUUGCAAACCAACGUAUACUUAUACCGUUGGUGUGGGCUUGGAUAGAUUUGGACGAGAACAUUUCGUUUAUGAUGCAGUCAUGAAUGAUACAAAUUCCGUUGCUUUUAGGCGCUAUGCACAUCCCAUCAAAGAAGCGCUUGAUCGCACAUUAAUGCAAAGUGAUCUUAGAGACAUUUAUCGAGGUUUAAAUAUAGCUAAAUUUACGCCAAAUCCAACAAGAGUUAUAUUUAACGUUCAACUCAGUUCAAAUACAGAUGAGACGAGGUUAAAGGAAGUUAUUCGUAAAUAUUUAGUUCUGAGUAACUAUAGUUUAGGCGGCACCGAUGUGUAUGCUGCGAAAGAUCUUGGACUAGUUGACGCAAAUGAUUUUGAUGAAUGUACUACGGAAAAUGGUGGACCUUAUCAUGAUUGUUCUCCAAACGCUGCUUGCUUCAAUCAUAAGGGAUCCUAUCAAUGCUCGUGUAAAGAAGGAUGGGCGGAUUUAUCCGAGAAUUCUGCCUAUCCUGGAAGGAUUUGUUCUCAGGCCCCAUUGGGAUGUGCUGCAUGUAACAAUAAAGGUCACUGUGUAAUUACAUCCCAUGGACAAGAAGUUUGCGAAUGCUUCCCCUGGCAUAGCGGCCAAAAAUGUCAAGUCAAUUUAAAAGUUUUGCUCAUUGCACUCGUAACGACUGGAGCAAUUCUUCUGGGUCUGUUGGCGGUUUGCAUGGGAAUGGCUUGCUUCCGAAAUCCAAAUCGAAGGCAUAUAUCCAUCGAUCGACGAGCAAUGAUUUCUGGAACGGGAGGUGAUACAAGUAGCGAGGGUAGUGUCACAGAGCUCGCUAUCCCUCACCACGUACCUCAUGUAUUACCACCACCUCCUCAAAUGAUGGCACCAGCGCCGCCAAUAAAAAAGUCGGUUAAAAAAAUUACAGGAAAACCACGUCGUGCGCCCAGAAAACCAACAUCUAUUAUUACGCAAGUGUUGACUAAUAAUAGCUGCCCAUCCAAUGAACAGUGUGAUAGAUCAUUAACAGUGAUGAUCCCCCGAGCAAAAUAUCGCUCGGCACCUCAAUGUACCACACAAAAUUAUAAGCCCAUGAGUACAUUUGCCGUCGAUGAGCACAAAUUAAUAGAUUAUCUCGAUGGUGGCGCUCAUCCAGGGAAUCGAAAACCUAGUCUCAUCAGUAAUUCCGAUUACAAAGAGUCAGAAAACAGGAUUUCAAAACAACAUCCUCAUUUUACGCCUCCAUCGGGAGCACUCGUGAGUGCUGGGUUUCAAGUGUCCGCAACGGUGACGAGAACAAUAGACGCAGAAUCAACACUCGCUCGGUCCUGUGGUGAGACAACGGUCGAACCAUCAACUAAAGUUAUCCGAAAUUCAGACUUUUCUCAGGAAACCGACUCAACCUUGGUACGCUCGUGCACUGAAGCAACGAUACAGCCUUCGACAAAACAGUUGCUGCGAUUAGACCUUAAUGAGGCUGGCUCAACAUUGGCUAGAUCAUGUGGUGAGACUACCAUUCAAGCAUCCACAAAGAUCGCCGAUCGUAAAGACUGUAACAGAGACGCCAGGGAUAGUGCAAGUGAAGGCCAUACUAUGGCCGAGAGAGAUCUUGGCAGCACCUUACGACUUCCUGCCCAGCACGCACCUCUUUAUAAUCAAGACAGGACAAGCAGUGACAGGGAGUCAAAUUUCGAUUCUUUGUAAAGAGAGACAAAUAUAUAUGAGCUGCGAUUAGCUUCGUUAUUUGUUGUCAACUGUCGGAAGAUUUUCGAGAAUCUCUCGAAAUUUGGUAUCUCAGGUGCUGCUAAUCGAGGAAAUGUCUGCACAUGCGAUGUGAUUUUCAUCUGAAUUGAUUCAUCUGUUCGACUGUAAUAUGUGAAUAGCGGAAUACUUGAUCAUCGUGCCACAUGUGUGGAAAAUUCGCACGAUUUUGCCUUUCGCGCGGGAAAGGAAGAGCUGUAAGUUUUGCGUCAUUUAACGUGCCAAAAUGUAGCCAAUGAAAAAACUUUCCAAGACUAUUUCUUUCUCUUAUUGUCAAUUUAUGUUCGACUUUAUGCGUAUGUCAAUUUCUAAAUCUACAGAAAUUAGAAAAAUUAACUAUUUAUUCGAUACGAAGGAAAAACGAAAAACGCAAUGCGACAAUAUCCCGGUAAGCGAGAGAGAUCUACUACUUCAUUAACGAAAUC